UUGAUCGCCGGCGAUUUCAAUGGGCAUCACACUAACUGGUCCUACAAAUCGGACCAGAGAGGUAUACAUUUAUUCGACUCAUCUCUAGAAAACGGUUUUACAUCCAUCAACAAUGGUGAGGCAACUAGAGUUAAAUUAGUCAAUAAUGUAUUACGAAAAUCAUCACCAGAUAUAACCUUCGUAUCAUGCGAUAUAGCUAUAAACUUUAAAUGGCAGGUACUUAACGAAAAUUUAGGAAGUGAUCAUCUUAUUAUAAAAUUAUCAAUGAGCUUUAAAGAUUAUUUUGAAUGUAACGAGAAACGUAACUUUAAACAAGCUGAUUGGAAAUUAUACAAUAAAGAUUUAAUUAAUUCAUUUUCAGAGAGAUAUAAUCAUGAUUUUUCGACGAGCGAUAUUCAAAAUUCAUACGACUAUUUACUUGAACAAAUUAAUAUAUCAGCGAAUAAAAAUAUACCAGUAAUCAGAUUUUGUUCAAACCCAGCUAGUAAAUUUAAACCAAAAAAAUAUUGGUGCCCGGCUCUAUCUAAAACAGUCGCAGAACGUAGACUUGCCCUAAGUACAUUCAGAAAAAAUCCUACACCAAAUAAUUAUGCAAAAUUAGAAGAGAUGGUAACAAAAGCCAAAAACGAAAUACAAAAGGCUAAAUCCCAUGCUUGGAAGAAAUUUUGUAAUGAGAUUGAUGCGUCUACAACGGUAUCAGAUAUGUGGAAAAAAAUGCGUUGGUUUAAAGGGUACCAACAAGUAACAUUUCAUCCAUCCGAGGAUAAGAAAAAGGACCUACUUCGCUCCCUUACGCCCGACUCUGCAUUGGGUUGUCCACCUCAGUUUGUAUCGUGUAAUAAGCUACUACAAGUACCGUUCACAAAGCAAGAAUUGGAUCAUAGCUUAAAAAAGAAGAACAGUGCACCGGGAAAUGAUGGAGUCACUUACUCCAUGGUUUUUAAUUUACCGCCAGCUGGGAAAAAAUAUCUUUUAUACUUAUAUAAUGACAUAUUUAGAUUCAACAUGGUACCGAAGCAGUGGCGUACAAUUUUAGUAGUCCCAAUUCCUAAGGCAGGUGCUGAACUAAAUAGUGAAACUAAACUUAGACCUAUUUCUCUCAUUUCCUGUCUCUGCAAAAUAUUUCACAACAUGCUAGGUAAGAGAAUAGAAUGGUAUGUAGAAAAUCACAAUAUUUUGUCAUCACACACAAACGGCUUUAGAAAAGCUCAAUCUUGUCUAGACUGUUUAUCAAGGCUAGUAACUUAUACACAGUUAGGCUUUACUAGUAACAUCCCAACCGCAGCUUGUUUUCUUGACAUUGAAAAUGCAUAUAAUAAUAUUUUAGUGGAUAAAGUUGUUAAGACAUUAGAUGAAAUAGGAAUUGGCAAAGGUAUAUGUAACUAUCUUUGGUCGUUCUUAAGUGAGAGAUAUUUAAUGAUUAAAAAUGAGAAAAAGGGUUAUGCUCACGAUAUUAGGUGUACCAACAGGGGCCUUGCCCAAGGAGAUCCAAUAUCUCCUUUACUUUUUAAUAUUGUAACCUUCAGGAUUUGUCGCCAGAUUCAAAAUGUCUUUGUGUCUCAAUAUGCCGAUGAUUUUGUUUUCUAUGUGAGUGACAAGAACUUACAGAAUUGUGAAAAUAAUUUACAAACUGCAGUAAAUGCAAUGAUAAUUUUGCUAGAUGAAAUAGGACUCCAAUUAUCGGCAUCUAAAUCAAAAUUAUGUGUUUUUAUCAGAGGUUAUAAAAGAAGAGAAAUUACUUUAAGCAUUAAUAACAAUAUUAUCCCGGUACAUGAAAAUGUUAAAUACUUAGGGCUAUGGCUGGACAAAUCGUUGAGAUGGACUAAACAUGUUAAUGAGAUCGUAGAAAAAACUUCUAAAUUCUUAAAUAUACUAAAAGUAUUGUCCGGGCCUGCUUGGGGUGUACAUCCUAAGCAUAUGCGCACUAUAUAUAUCUCUCUAUUAAGAAGUCGGCUGGAUUUUGGAUGCUUUUUAUACGAUAAUAGCGCUAAAACACAUCUGUCUAAACUAGAUAAGAUCCAAAAUAAAGCACUUCGAAUUAUGGGGGGUUUUAUCAAAAGUACACCUAUCCAUGUUAUGGAGAGUGAGCUAGGCAUUCAACCAUUGUUCGUAAGAAGACAAUAUUUAGCAUAUAAAUACUGUAUCAAAAACAUGUCUUGGACAGAUAAUGCUACAAUUAAAAUACUGAAUGAUCUUAGUUCUGUUAUUAAUAAUAGAUACUGGCACAAUAAAAAAAAACCAUUACUUUUACUUGCAUACGAUGACUGUAAACUAUGUAAUAUUCACAAUUCUUAUCCGUUACAAAUGUUUAAACUUAAUAUUUGGGUUUCCUAUAUAGAUAUAAAUGAAACUAUUCAAGUGAAUUUAGAUUGUGUUCAAAAGAAUAAAAACAGUCAUGAAGCUAUGUCUCUUAGAACCUAUGUAUUAAAGGAAAUAGAUGAAAAAUAUGCUAACUGGCACCAAAUAUUUACUGACGGAUCUAAGAAUCGUGUAGGUUUAGGUGCUGCAUAUUGUCAUCCUAAAGAAAAAAUUACAGCUAUGUUUAGAACAGAACUAGGACUAUCAAUAAUGACGAUGGAACUCGUUGCAAUAUCUGAAGCUUUGAAAUAUAUUAGCAAUUUAAGUGGACAAUAUUUUGUUAUUUUUUCAGAUAGCAAAAGCGCUUUACAACAUUUAGCUCGAUGCGCCUCUGGUCAUAGCAGAGGUGCACCGAUAGCUUAUGGGAUAUUAAACCAACUAUAUAAUUACAGAAGUCGCUAUAUAAACAUAAAAUUGCAAUGGGUUCCAUCGCAUAUAGGUUUAAAGGGAAACGAAGAGGCUGACCUAUUAGCAAAAGCAGCUAUAACGCAUGGAAUCGAAUUAAAUAUUUUACCAAUUUACACGGAAAUCUUGACAAAAUUCAAAAACCUGUGUUAUGAUAAAUUUAGAGAGUAUUUCGAUGAAAGAAGCAGGGAAAAGGGAAUAUGGUAUAAAACAAUACAAAGUCAGCCUCUUCGAAUACCGUGGUAUAAUAAUAUUAAAAUGAAUAGAAACCAUAUAAUUGUUAUUCAUAGAUUACGUUCUGGGCACUACCCCAAUAAAAAAUUUGUAUUUUUAAUGAAAAAAGCAGACUCGCCCAAUUGCGAUAUUUGUCAUAUUGUAGAAGAUGUCCAACAUAUGCUAGCAGAAUGUGUCAAAUAUCAAAGGGAAAGGGAGAAUCUGGUACAAAAAUUUAGUAUCAAUUUGUGUGAAACGGGUUGGUUUUUGAGUAUACUUGCGGAGCCACACUCAGCGGUAGCAAAAUCAGUCAGUACCAUAUUUUUACCACAUUGA